AACUGCAGCCUUUCAGGGAAGAAGUCAAAACAAGGUCACAAGAAGCCUGAAAAGUGAAGCCUAAAAUGAAGUAUUCAACCACCAAAAUUUCCCCAGCAAAGAUGAACAGCUCAGCAGGCAAAGCCUUGGUAAAAUCUCCCAACUUGAGAAAAUCCCAACAGAAGGCUGAAGAAUUUUGCCCCAUGGUCUUUAUGCAGCUACGCUCUGGCCUUAAAAUAGAAAAGAAGACCUGUUACUUUAGGAAAGAAACCACCAAAAGGCAUUCACCAAGAACAGCUAAAACGUACAAAGAGAAACAUCUGGUAUUCGCUGCCUGUCAGGAGCUGGAACACCUUGGACCGUCUGUGAAGAGCUUCGCCUUCGAUAAAACUAGGGUCCAGAAAUAUACUACAGCAACUGGUCUUCCAAGUAUCAAAGAACAUUCUGCUUCCCUGAGUACAUACAACAAUCAAUACAUUACUUUUGUUUUCGAGGAUGGAAAUUAUGAGAUCUAUGUUGAAGACUUAGGAAAAGACCAAGAGAAAGACAAGGUGUUACUCCGUUACUAUGAUUCCCAAUUCCCCUCAAGUGAAACAGAAGGUGGUGGUGAUCAUCGGAAGUUAAUGGUAAACCUGAGCCCCACAAAAGACAAAGAUUUCUUGCUGCAUGCCAACAGUAAGGAGCAUUCUGUGGAGCUACAAAAAUGUGAAAACCAAUUGCCAGAACAGGCCUUCUUUGUCCUUCAUGAGGAGACCUCCCAAUGUGUUUCAUUUGAAUGUAAGAGCAAUCCUGGAGUGUUUCUAGGAGUAAAGGAUAACCACCUAGCUCUUAUUAAACGAGGGGAACACCCUGAGGAUUCAAAUGAAGAGAAUACCAUAUUUAAGCUCUCAAACUUAAUAUGAUGGAAAGCUGCAGAUCUUGGGUUGAGUAGUCCAAACAGCUACCACUGGAGAAAGGAUAAGCGAUAAAGAGACAGAUAACAUGAAGGGAAAUGGAAUGUUUAGUAUGCUGAGGAAUGUUUUCCUUAUUAUGUAUAAAAAUGUUUUUUAUAAUCCUUCAGUUCUGUUUUUUAUUUCCCUCUGUAUCACUGCAUAUUCAGUACAAGUAUUGGUAUAUUAAAUAGCAUAUUGGUAAAGAGAUUUGCCAACAUUCUGAAGAGAUACAGCCUGACCUUUACAUUUUUCCUCUUUCAGUCCUGAAAGAACUUCUUCAUAUUUUGAGCUGAGACCUCUGGGGAGAAGCAAAGGGACUGAUCCGCAAUUUUGCUUUAGACAGGGAUCAAUUUAAAGAGCUAUAUAGGGACAUAAUUUUCCCUCGUUCCAAAUAAUAGCCUCAAACACUAGAGCCACUAAUAAAAAAGACAACUGGAAGCUACACAGAUUUACCAUGUCACAACUGGAAUAAAACACCAAGCUUGUUUGUAAAUACUGAAACUUCAGAUGCCUAUAUAGUUAGACAGGUAAUAUAAAUAUGUGAAAAGGCAAGGAUAAUUUAAAAAUUAAGGAAAACAAAUCUAGUAUUUUAAAAGUGAAUAAUUUCACCUCUAACUCACUUUUAAAAUUCUGACUUUUAUAGACUGAGUUAACUUUAAGCAAGGCAUUCUUACAUUAGAAAGUGAAAUAAAUUUUAGUUCAGACAUGAAAUUGAAAUUAUUAGGAAUAUCUAACAAACUAGAAUAUUUUUAAAAGCACUGAGCCACAAUAUAUGUUUGGGCAUCCAAGUAUCAUGGGUUCCAAGU